AUGGGAGAAGGACCAGGAUCUGGUUCGCAAGGGCUCUCCGUGCCCUCCCCGCCGCCACAGCCUCCUGCAUCUCCAAUGACGAUGAAGAGGAUCGAAGACGACCUAGAGGAUCUCGAACUGGACGAGGUAGAACAAAUCCUAACCACAGAGGAGAAGCGGUUCCUCUUGUACGUGGAACGAGGAGACGUGGCUUCCGUCAGACACAUUCUGAAGAAGGCCAAGAAGGAGAACAAGAAGAAGUCCGGCAGCUUCAAUUUGAACUGCAUGGAUCCUCUGGGACGCACGGGCGUCAUCGUGGCUGUGGAGAACGAGAACUUGGACAUGGUCCUGCUGCUCCUGGAGGAAGGCGUUCUGGCGGAGGACGCGCUGUUCUACGCCAUCGCUGAGGAGUACGUGGAGGGCGUCGAGGCCCUGCUGACGCACGAGGAGAAAAUCCAUGUCUCCGGGGAACCUUAUUCCUGGCAAAGGAAAGAGAGCGAGAAAGCUAACUUCACCGGAGACAUUACGCCCCUGAUCUUAGCGGCUCACAAGAACAAUUACGAAAUCAUCAAGCUGCUCUUGGACCGAGGCGCCACCCUCCCGAUGCCCCACGACGUCCGCUGCGCUUGUGACGAGUGCAUCAUCUCCAGUGCUGAGGACUCACUCAGACACUCCCUGGCUCGCAUCAACGCCUACCGCGCCUUAGCAUCGCCGUCUCUCAUCUGUCUCUCCAGCAAAGACCCUCUCAUGACAGCCUUUUCCCUUUCUGAUGAUUUGGACAAACUUGCUACACUGGAGUACGAGUUCCAGAAAGAAUACUCGGCUCUGAGGACACAAGUUUUACAGUUCGCAAUGAGACUAGUGGACGAGACUAGAAGUUCGGACGAACUGGAGAUCGUAUUAAACUAUGACCCGGAAGGAGAACCAUACAAAAAGGGGCAGUUCAUGCAUUUGAAUCGCCUCAAAGAUGCUGUCGACAACAACCAAAAGCAGUUCGUUGCCCAUGCGAGCGUGCAGCAGCUCUUGGGCACGGUGUGGUACGACGGCAUGCCCGGCUUCAAGCGCCUCAGCCUCCCUGAUCAGCUGAUGGCCGUGGUGAAGAUCGGCGUCUUAUUCCCGGUCUACUGCAUGUCCUUCCUUCUGGCCCCAAAGACAUCCUUCGGAGGUUCCAUGAAGAAACCUUUUAUUAAGUUCAUCAUCCAUUCGUCUUCUUACUGCUGCUUCCUGUUCCUGUUGGUGAUCGUUUCCCUGCGCCUGGAGUCGCUCAUCAUUGAACUCUUCGGAACCCAGUCGAUGGUCGAGCGCCUCCGCAAGCAGGAGCGCGAAUCGCGGGGCGGUUUCCCUUCCAUAACUGAACUUCUCGUCGUCGUGUACGUGUUUGGCUUCAUCUACGGGGAGAUAAAGGCGCUCUGGAACGAUGGCCUCCUUGAAUACACCAAGGACUUGUGGAAUUUCGUCGACUUCGGAAGUAACUUCUUCUACAUGAACUGGAUCUUUUUGAGACUCACGGCGCUGUUCCUGACGACGCGCGCGGUCUGGGCGGGAGAGAACCCGUACUUCCCGAGGGAGAUGUGGCCGCCUUUCGACCCCAUGUUGCUUUCGGAAGCCAUGUUUUGUGCUGGGAAUAUUCUUAGCUUCCUGAAGUUGGUGCACAUCUUUAGCGUGAACCCUCACAUGGGCCCUCUGCAAAUCGCUCUCGGCAGAAUGGUGGUUGACAUCAUCAAGUUCUUCUUCAUCUACACACUUGUACUCUUUGCAUUCGGAUGCGGCUUGAACAAUCUUCUUUGGUAUUACGCCGACAUAGAUAAGAGCAAAUGUUAUUCAUUGCCUAAUGGAUUACCCAAUCCUACCCAAGCGCGUUCAUGCGAGAUUUGGCGAAGGUUUUCUAACCUCUUCGAGACUUCACAGUCGCUUUUCUGGGCUUCCUUCGGACUGGUUGACUUGAUAAACUUCGAACUGACUGGAAUUAAGUCCUUCACGCGGUUCUGGAGUAUGCUCAUGUACGGUUCCUACAACGUCAUCAAUGUCAUCGUUUUGCUGAACCUCCUCAUCGCUAUGAUGUCCAACUCUUACACAUUCAUUGUGGCAAAGUGUGACGUGGAGUGGAAAUUCGCUCGCUCGAAGUUUUGGAUGAGUUACUUUGAGGAGUCCCAGGAGCUGCCUUCGCCCUUCAACCUGUUCCCGAAGCUGUCCGCUCUGUGCGAAUUCGGGAAGCCCAACUACAGGGCGUCCUUCAAAAAGCGCCAGGACCAGAUGCGGGACGACCAGUAUCAGACGGUGAUGAAGAACCUCGUUAGACGCUACGUCACGGCCGAACAACGUAACGCGGACGAGACGCUCAUUACCGAGGAUGACGUCAAUGAAGUAAAGCAGGAUAUCAACUCCUUCAAGUACGAGCUCCUGAACAUCCUCCGAAUCAAUGGCAUGAUGACUGGCAAUGCACAUCACAGGGAGGACAUGGCUGUGGGCAAAAAGCAGCAGGCCCGAGAGCGACGACUCAUGAAAGGUUUUAACAUCGGCCUGGUGGAGGGCAUCGAUCAGAGCAUGCACUUCGGGAACAAAAAGAGCAAGAAUCCCCUGCUUAACAUCGUGUUGAAGAAGUCGGCUAAAUCGGAUAAGAAGGACUGGAACACAAUGAUGCGAGAGAGCAAGAAGAAGCGCGACCCUAUCGGUUCCAGCAGAACCAGCCUCCAGCGACAGAGUCUCAGGAACAAGAAGCGCUGCAACGCGGCCUGGAGUAAGGUCAAGUUCUACCAAAAACGAGGCGUUUUCCUCGGAGGACAAAUUGACCCCAGAAUGCUGAGAGAGAUCAAGAACAGGGGCCAGCCCUUACAGAGUCGUUCUCAGGGAUGGCGAACUCUUCAGCAACUGCACGAUCGCGGGGAAAUUACACAGGAAAAUUUCGACAGGUGUGUAAGAAACACACCAAGUCCUGGAAGCACUGCAGCUCCUACUCCGAUUCCUCCCACAUCACCGACGCCUCCUCUGCCUAGGGUCGGGGUAUACACGCAGUCAUCGCCCUGUGCCACAGCCGAAGACCUCAUAUCCACUGUCAGAGGCGACACGCUGCACCCGACUCCUUCGCCGAAGCCGUCGCCGAAGCCGUCGCCGAAGCCGUCGCCGAAUUCGUCAAAUGGAGCCUCGAAGCCACUUGGAACGGGCAAGGGAUGGAUUUGAAUUGGAAGCAUGAUUCGAUCGAAGAAACUGACUUGUUUAGGAAAUGAUACUUUCUUCUAUAAACGUGUAGGGAAAAUAUCGUUGAUAUUCAGGGCUUUAUCCUUGCUUCACAUUCCUCACAGAAAACUGACAUGUUAGAGAAUAACGAAUACGUAAGUCUUAUCAUGCAAGUAAAGCCACUUACAAGUACAAGAAGACAUGUACAAACACCAUCCUGUACAUAUGCAGAAUAAGAGACCUCUCGGAGUGGGAUCUGUAAGUUAAAUUAUCAAAUGAUAAUUUGCUUGAAGCAGUGUCUUAGGGGCAGCUAGAUUCAUUUGCUACUUUUUUUUCUUUUUUUUUACAUUUUAAAGUUGUUGCACCUAACUACCAUUACGUGAUAUGAUGAAACUUAUCAUGUUUCUCAUACACGUGAAACUAACAGUAAGACUUCAGACAUAUAUUCCCCAAUACAUCGCUGUCAUUCUUUAGGUUGGACGCCACAGUGCACAAUCUGGGUGCCAGUUACGCUCGUCUUGUAUAUAUUACUCAUACUCGCCUACCACAUGCUACCUAUC